ACCUCUUACUUAUAAAAAUGUUUACGAUAAUAGUUCUUACAAUAGUGGUUUCUAUUGCUAUAUACUUAUACGGUACUCGGACGUUCAAUUAUUGGAAGAUUCGGGGCGUGAAACAUGACAAACCUUAUGCAUUUGUCGGGAAUAAUUUUCGCCAAUUUAUGCAUCAAUCUAGUUUAGCUAUGACGGCAACAAAAUUGUACAAGAAGUAUCCCAACGAGAAAGUCGUUGGUUAUUACAGAAGCUCAACCCCGGAACUAAUUAUAAGGGAUCCAGAAAUUGCUAAAAGGAUAGUUAGCACCGACUUCGAGCACUUUUAUGCAAGAGGAUUACAUCCCGGCAGAACGUUGACAGAACCGCUUCUGAAAAACUUGUUCUUUUUGGACGGAGAUUUGUGGCGUUUGCUUCGACAAAGGUUUACGCCAGCGUUUAGCACUGGCAAGUUAAAGGCGAUGUUUCCACUUAUUACUGAAAGGGCAGAAAAAUUACAACAAUUAGCUGAAGAGGUAGCUCAUUUGGAUUCCUACGAUAUGCGAGAACUCAUGGCAAGAUACACCACCGAUUUCAUAGGAGCGUGCGGAUUUGGAAUUAACAUGGAUUCGCUGAGUUCUGAAAAUUCUGAGUUUCGAAAACUUGGUAAGAGAAUAUUCCAGAGAACUCGAGUAGACGCUCUUAGAGGAGCAAGUAAGUACCUGUUUCCAGAAUUAUUCGAUAAAGUACACUUGUUAGCUCCUGAAAUCAAAGAAUCCAUGCGUCAUUUAGUGUUGUCCGUAUUAAAAGAGAAAAAUUAUAAACCAUCAGGCAGAAACGAUUUCAUAGAUUUAUUGCUUGAACUUAAGGAACAAGGUGAUAUGGUUGGAGAGUCCAUGGAGAAAAAAAAUGAAGACGGCACUCCCAUAGUAAUUAAUCAAACUCUAGAUACAGACCUUAUGAUGGCACAAGUAUUUGUUUUCUUUGGCGCAGGAUUUGAGACAUCGUCCAGCGCAUCAAGUUAUCUAUUACAUCAAUUGGCAUUUAAUCCCGAUUGUCAAGUGAAAGUACAAGAAGAAAUUGAUAAAGUGCUGCUUAAAUACGAUAAUAUAUUAACAUAUGACGCUGUGAGAGAAAUGAACUAUUUAGAAAUGGCUUUUAAUGAGGGCAUGAGAAUGUAUCCGCCUGUAGCAUUCAUUUAUAGGGAGUGCAGAUCUCCUAAAUAUACGAUACCAGAGAUUGACCUUACAAUUGAUGAAGGUGUAAAAAUAAUGAUACCAACGCAAGCAAUUCAUAACGAUGAAAAGUAUUUUGAAGACCCAGAAAAGUUUGACCCUGAAAGAUUCAACCAAAAAAAUAAAAAGAACAGGAAAUAUAUUUAUAUGCCAUUUGGAGAAGGACCACGGGCGUGUGUUGGAGCUCGCCUGGGUCAAAUGCAAGCUAUGGCUGGUGUAGCAGCCGUUCUACACAAGUUCUCAGUCGAGCCCGCGGCCUGCUCCGUGAGGAACCCGCCGCCCGAACCCACUGCGAUCGUUGCUGAGAGCUUUGUUGGAGGUCUUCCCGUCAAAUUAAAGAAGCGAAUUAAAUAAU